AUGGCUCGUACACGAAAUACCUCCCGCACAUCCAUUGAAGACACCACCCCACGACGCCAGAACCCGCCGCGCAUAACCAAAAGCCGCAUAACGCAGCUCACAGAUCACUCUACAAGCUCCGAAUUAUCUUCACAAGAAGAUGCGAACGAUAUUGGAAGCCUCAAAUAUUUCGACUAUGAUACAAACGAGUAUGGACCUGCUCGUGGUACAAACAAGACCACCAAAGCCGUCAGCGUCGCAGUUCGAACAGCAAAGGCAGCUUCAACGCGGCAUGGAGCGAGCCGAGCCAAAAAAAGGAAAAGCGUCUCGAGGAGAAAAUCUGACAGCAAGGGAGGCAAAGCAACACCACCAAAACGUAAACGCACACAUACCAGCUGCGGCCCAUCAAGUCCUUCGAAGCGGUCCCGACAGUCGCCCAAACAAGAACGAGAACCCAUAAUAUACUCCGGUAGUAUCAUCCCGAACUGGAGAGAUACCAGAAUUCCCGUCGAAUGCUGGUCGGAUAUAUUUUACUAUGCGGCCUACGAUAGUGCCAUGGGCAGCUUGGCUGCCAACUGGCUGCUCCAAGUCGCCACGAGCUGCCACUUCUUCACUGAACCGGCUAUCGAUACUCUCUAUCGCUAUCCGACGAUCCGACAUAGAGCAAAGGCCAAGAAGCUAGCCAGUUUGCUGGAGCUGCCUGUCGCGGGUACAACAUUCAACUAUCGAUGUAAAAUUGAAGCUUUGCAUCUCGAUAUUCACGUUGUGCCCGCCACCAUCCUAUAUCAGCUGAUUCACCCACUCCCCCGACUCCGAGAGCUCAUCAUCUACACACCUUACGAUCAGCCCCCGUAUAGAGAGCUAGAAAAAAGUAUUCGAUGGCACUAUUCCGCGAAUCUUUUCCAAGCACUCCUUCCCGGGGCGCAGGACGCGACAGAGGCUGCCCUGAAGCCGUACCAUUCGCAACUCAAGAGCUGGGAAUGGAGCGGGCGCCUGGUCGGGGGCUAUGUGGAUGGGUUGAAGGAUAUCAGCCGUAUACACGAGUUGCCAUCUUUCGCAACUCUCACACGCUUGAGCUUUACAAACUUCCAGACACCAUCACUGCGCAAACGCUUGCCCAGAAAUGAGGAUGAAGCGGCAGAAUUUUUCAACGAGGACAGUGCCCACAUCGAAGCCAUCGCCGAAUCUCUCAAUAAACUGCCAGCUCUAUCACAUCUCGUAUUCGAGUCAUCGACUGUCAUGAACGAUCAUAUGCUGACUCUCCUGCCGAGAGGCCUGCUUCAUCUUGAGCUCAUCAACUGCUGGGAAAUUCGUUCCUUUGAUCUUGCGGCUUUCCUGCUAGACAAGGGCGGCGAGAUGCGCAUUCUCAGUCUCCAUCACAACCAGUCACUGGACCUAGGGUUCCUAACCGAUCUCGCCGAAACGUGCCCCAAGCUGCGUGAGCUCGACAUGAAUCUUUCCUAUUACCAGCUUCACGAAUCAGCGAGCGAUUCAGAUCCCAUGUAUGACCAAGUGUUGUUACCUAACCAGGUGCCCCAUUGGCCAUCUAGUAUCCGCGUCAUCAAUAUUGAACACAUUCGUGACUGGUCCGUCGAAGCGGCAGAGAUGUUCUUCCAGACACUCAUCGACAAUGCGCCCAACCUGCCCAAUCUGCGCCACCUCUCCGUGAAGACUAUGCUGGACAUUCCGUGGCAGUCUCGCGCCACAAUGCGCACUGCUUGGCGGGAGAAGAUUGAGAAGGUCUUCUUACGACCAUUGUCCUCACCUCCACGAGACAUAAGAACCCUUCAGCCUAAGGGACCGGAGCAGACUUAUAUGACGCCAACGCCUAAACCGUCGAAGAAAUGCAGCCUACCCCCUACGCCACCGUCUCGUCGCAGCACCAGAUUUGCCGAUCACGAGAGUGCCUCAAGUGAGAACCGCAAGUCAUCACUGCGUAACUCUGGAGGCGUAGUGAUACGGAAGUCCUACCGGGACCCGGACACCGACGAAGACACGCUGCCCGACUCGGAAAGUUCUGACAACGAUGCCAGUAACGAUCACAGUGACAUGGCAUCGUCAGAUACUCCCUUGCCGGAACACGGACUGUGCAAGACUGUCAAUAUUGUAUUCGACAACCAGAAGGUGCGUGAGCUGCAGUACGGCAUGGAGGACUUCCAGACGGACAACAAUGGCUCCGACGAUGAUGAGUGGGACGGCGACUACGAAUCUGAUGAUCCCGUCCUACAGUUUUAA